AUGGCGACCGCCAGCUCCUGCAGUUCUGUGCUCCGUCGCCGCGCACCGUACAUCCCUAUCAUCGCCUGCCCCGACUGCGGGAAGGCCGUGAGGCGGAGCGUGUCGGGGAUGCCAGAGCACACAGGCUGGACUUAUUACAAGUGCCAGCAUCAUGGGUACGACUGCGUCUUUUGGCACUGGGAACAAGAGUAUGUGCAAUACUUGGUUGAUGCCGGGCAUCUGCGAGGUGAUGCUGCUGUGGAUGCACUAGGUUGGGCUGAGGAUCGUCGGGAGGAGCUGAAUCUUCGUCAGGCAGUAAGGCAAGCUGCAGGAGAUGGUGGACCUGGUGCUAAGCAGGUGAAGUUGAUUGAGAACACGCAGGAGCUGGCACAAGCAGUGAGGCAGAUUGUGAUUCUGCAGAAGAUUGUAGUUGUUGUGCUGUGUGUGUUGUGUGUGCUCUCUGUUUGGGUAAUUCUAAAGAAGUGA